AUGAUUUCCUACGAGAACAAAUUAAUACUUGCACCUAUGGUGCGUGUUGGAACUUUGCCAAUGCGUCUUCUGGCCCUUAAGUAUGGGGCCGAUUUGGUUUACACUGAGGAAUUAAUAGAUUGGAAAUUCCUUCGUUCAAAGCGAAGAAAUAAUGAUAUUUUAAAAACGGUGGAUUACGUCGAUCAAACAGAUGGUACAAUAGUUUUCCGAACCUGUGACACAGAAAAAGACAAAGUAGUGUUGCAACUUGGCACAUGCGAUGCUGAAAGAGCUUUAAAAGUUGCUAAACUUGUUGAAAAUGAUGUUGCAGCAAUUGAUAUAAAUAUGGGAUGCCCAAAGGAGUUCUCCAUUAAGGGAGGAAUGGGAGUAGCCCUCAUGGCUAAUCCAGAAAGGGCAUUGAGCAUAUUGAAGACCUUAGUAAAUAACCUGUCAAUACCCGUGACCUGCAAGAUAAGAAUAUUUGAAACUCAGGAAAAUACCCUAAAACUUGUGGAGUUGUUGGUGAGUUCAGGAAUUAAAGCCAUAUCAAUACAUGGCAGGACACGAGAUGAGAGGCCACAGCAUGCAGUACAUACUGAUAUAAUUCGUUAUGUUGCAGAGAAUGUAUCUAUACCAGUAAUUGCCAAUGGUGGUUCUAAAGAAAUAGAGAAACAUGGCGAUAUCUACAAAUUUAAAGAGUUGACUGGAUGCACAAGUGUGAUGCUUGCAAGGGCAGCUGAAUGGAACUGCUCCAUAUUCAGGAAAGAAGGUCUUUUACCAAUAGACACAGUUAUAAAGGACUAUCUCAAAUUAGCAGUUGAUUAUGACAACUCCCCUUCUAAUACAAAGUACUGUGUACAAAAUAUUUUAAGGGAACUACAGGAAACUCCAAGAGGAAAGCAGUUCCUGGAAUGUCAAACAUUAGAACAAAUAUGUGCAAUCUGGGACCUAGGAGAAUAUUGUCAAGAGAAACAGUCACAGUACCAGAAAAUGGGCAUACAGGGGAGAUGGCAAGUUACUCCAGAUGAAUUAGAGCCUCCUCACAAGAAAAGCAAAGUCAUGGAUCAAAUUGAAGUAGAGGGAAUUACUCAGAUGAAAGUAUGCUUCAUUCGUGCCAAUUUUAAUGAUUUGAACUUACCAAAAGUAAGGCUUCACGAAUGGGCUGGGAAAAAUGGCCACAAGCUGCCAACAUAUGAUACUCAACAAGUUGAAAAAUUAUUUAGAACAAUACUGACAUUUAAUGGGAAGAAGUACACAUCAUCUUUUUGGGAGAAAAAUAAAAAGUUUGCUGAGCAAGGUGCAGCAUUAGUAUGCUUAUUCCAUUUAGGAUUGACAACUGAAGAUGAAUUAAAAAAAGUUGGUAGUAUUAUGAAAUAA